CGUAAAUCAGCCAAUCUCUAACAACGAAAAGCAGACUGUAACGGGCGUUUGCUAAGUGCUCUGUCCCAGAUUUUUGACCCCUUUCUCCCCACAUACUUUCUGUUGCGUAUUCUUCCUCAGCGGCGGCUUUAAUCAAUGGAGCUUUGACUUUUUAAGAGCUACCCAAUAGGCAGAAAUGGAACAAUUGAGGCUCUCGGCAUUGCUGCAUCUUCUUAUUAGAAGCUUUCCUUGUUGAAUUUCUGCCUGACACAUAACCGUUAAAGGCACAGAAACCGUGUCAGGGAACUGUAAACGGCAAAGAAGCCUGUGGUGGUGGUGGGAUCGAGGUCUUUGUAUUUGAUGUGGGUGGGAAGACUUGGAAGUUCUAUGACUGGUCACAAAUUACAACAGUGGCGACUUUUGGAAAAUAUGACCCUGAGCUAAUGUGUUAUGCUCAUUCAAAAGGAUCCAGAAUAGUUUUAAAAGGAGAUGUAUCUGUGAAGAAAAUGGUUGACUCUGCUGCCAGAGCAGACUGGAUAAAGGAAAAAGUGGACCUGGCCAAAAUGCAGUAUAUGGAUGGAAUCAAUAUAGAUAUUGAGCAACAAGUUAAAAAGUCUUCAGCUGAAUAUUAUGCAUUGACAGAUUUGGUUAAAGAAAUGACAGAAGCUUUUCACAAAGAAAUUCCAGGAUCACAGGUAACUUUUGAUUUAGCCUGGUGUCCAGAUUGCAUAGACAAAAGAAUUUACGACUACACUGGGAUAGUCGAUUCCUGUGAUUUUGUGUUUGUGAUGUCUUAUGAUGAGCAGAGUCGCAUGUGGCCACACUGCAUAGUAGGAGCCAAUGCACCAUACAACCAGACCUUAGCUGGAUAUGACAAUUAUAUUCGCAAGGGCAUUAAUCCAAAAAAGCUUGUGAUGGGUGUUCCAUGGUAUGGCUAUGAUUAUACUUGUCAAGGCUUAUCUAAGGAUCAUGUUUGUUCCUUUGCAAAAAUCCCUUUCCAAGGGGCUCCAUGCAGUGAUGCAGCAGGACAUCAAGUCCCUUAUAAAAUAAUAAUGAAUCAGACAAAUCAUUCACUUUCUGGGAUCCUGUGGGAUGAGGAACAGAAAGCUCCUUAUUUGGAAUACAAGGACCCACAUGGUACUUUUCAUCAAGUGUGGUUUGACAAUCCCAGGAGCAUUUCUCUGAAGGCAGCCUACGUGAAAGAACGUGGCUUAAGGGGUAUUGGCAUGUGGAAUGGGGAUUGUCUUAACUACUCCGGAGGUUCCAUAGCACAAGAGCAAACAGAAGCAAUGUGGGAGGCCCUGAUACCAAAGUGACUUUGUGAAAAGUGGGUUAAAAUUUUGAUAGCUGUGAAUGGUUAAAUUACUUAUUUUCUUUAUGGGUAUAGAUUGCACAAAAAAACUUUGCACCGUACCUGAAGUUUAUCUCACCUUUCUCUCAUUGCAAUAUUUUUCACGUAAAAGGGCCUAUACUGUUGCCCCAAUGGAUUAUUUUUAAAAACUGUAAGAAUAACCCUAUGUAUGUCACCUUGAAUUCUAUAUACAGUAUAUCAAUGUAAUAAAUAAGUCACAAAUCAAACUAUAUAAUUGUAGCUGGACAUUAUCACUUGAUUUAAAACAUAUAUCCUAAGAAAGUUAUGCAGUAUUUGGACAUAUGCUGCUGAAAUUAAUAUAUCAAGUUGCACAAAUGAAAACCAUGCACAGUUUCUCAUAUACAACUGAAAAAUGAAAAAUCUAUUAUUUGGAUGGGGAGUGGGAUCAAAAAAGAUUGAACUGGCGAAUCAUUUGUGGUUUCCAUAGCCUAGUUUAAAGUGUAUAAAUCGGUGCACUGGGACUGCUGGGUUGUCUCCACAGGUAUUUUUAAAGGCCUUAACCUCAAUAAAUUA